UGCUAAUAAAAUGGUUCCGUUUAAAAUUUCACAAAACGAAAAGCCAAAACCAAGAAACAGAACCUGAAAUCAAUUUGGGGUUUCAUUUCCACACAUCUCUACCUCUCUCUUUUGCCUGAGGAGGUGUUCAAGCACCUCUUCGGAUUCAUUUGUUCUCGCUAAUUUCUCUAGGAUUUGUCUCUCCAAUGGCGUCCGAAAUCUUCAAUGACAAGAACGUUGUUUUCAGAAAACUGAAAGCAAAGUCAGAAAACAAGAUGUGUUUCGAUUGCAAUGCAAAGAACCCAACUUGGGCUUCGGUUACAUAUGGGAUCUUUCUCUGCAUCGAUUGCUCGGCCGCUCACCGCAGUCUCGGCGUUCACAUCAGCUUUGUUAGAUCCACAAAUUUAGACUCAUGGACUCCUGAACAGCUUAGAACGAUGAGCUUCGGUGGAAACAACCGCGCACAGGUUUUCUUUAAGCAGCAUGGAUGGACGGAUGGAGGCAAAAUUGAGGCAAAAUAUACAUCAAGAGCUGCCGAUUUAUACAGGCAGAUGCUUUCUAAAGAAGUUGCCAAAAGUAUGGCAGAAGAGGCAGGUCUUCCGUCAUCACCUGUUGCAUCUCAGUCAGGACAAGCAUCUAAUGGGCUUCCUGAUGUCAAGACCAGUGAAGCUCCAAAAGAAACAUCUUUAGCAAGGAAAGAAACCCCUGAAGUCUCUGCUCCCCCGAAAGCCCCCCAUACAUUUGUUACCAGUACUGUCAAGAAGCCUCUUGGUGCUAAGAAAACUGGGAAGACUGGGGGGCUUGGUGCUCGCAAACUUACUACAAAGUCAAGUGAAAGCCUGUACGAUCAGAAACCCGAAGAACCUGUUAUACCAGUGCCUUCCUCAACUAACAGCACUCCAACAACAGCUGGCUCGUCCUUUGCAUCUCGUUUUGAGUAUGUAGAAAUUGUCCAAAAUCCUGAGACGAAUCCCAAUGGCGCUCAUGUAAUUAGUCAUAUUGCUCCACCAAAGUCAUCAAAUUUCUUUGCAGAUUUUGGAAUGGACAGUAGUUUUCCCAAGAGAACUAGUUCAAAUUCCUCCAAAGUUCAAAUUCAGGAAACUGAUGAAGCGAGGAAGAAAUUCACAAAUGCAAAAUCGAUCUCUUCCGCACAAUUUUUUGGUGAUCAGAACAAAUCUGCUGAUGUUGAUGCUCAAGCCUCCUUGCAGAAGUUCUCGGGUUCCGCUGCCAUCUCUAGUGCUGAUCUAUUUGGUGACAGGGAUGAUAAUUUGCCCCUUGAUCUUACGGCAAGUGACCUUAUCAACCGACUGUCUUUUCAGGCACAACAGGAUAUCUCUUCCCUAAAAAACAUUGCGGGAGAGACCGGGAAGAAGCUUAGCUCCUUGGCAUCCAAUUUAAUGACUGAUCUUCAGGACAGAAUCCUCUAAUGUUGAUAUGCGUUGUCUUUAUUUGUUAAAGUACACCAGCCAUUAUCAUAUGUAGUGAUUGUAAAGAAGAGUUCAUAAAAUUCUUUUAAAGACAAAUAAGACUUAUCAAAAUUCUCCAGGCUUAAGAAGAGUGGCUGGUGUUUUAUUUUGUAGCACAGGUAUUGUUCUGAGAUUUGAUCAUAUGCGUUCUUGUUUCUGUAAACCACCAUAACAUUACUGCUUUGUGUCAAGAGAACAAGGCAAAGGAUACUGUAUUCUGUUAAAACUUUGAUUUGUCCUUGAGGUUUUGAUCA